AGUCCCUUAUACGAGUAAAAAUUCCUUGUCAUUUUCCUCUUGUAAUGCAUCAAUUUUCAACACUUUCUUUGAGUUAGAUGUUUUGGCAUUGAUCACGGAGAUGAGGCCAGUUGUAAUGGUAGAUUAUGGUGGAAAGAUGCCUGAAUUGCAAGAACAGCUUUGUUCUUUUCUUGACAGCUGCCAAAAGGAGUCACCUGUUUUUGAGCUUCUGAAAGUCAUGGUUAUAGAGGAUAUGAUAUAUUUUAUUCAUGCAAGAGCACUUGCAGAAUUUGUAAAGUCAAGUUUAAAUUUGGAAACAGAAGUGGUUCUCAUUGAUGUUGAACAGGAUCCUCCAAAGAUGAUGGCACAAAAUUAUAAAAGCUCUGCAGCUGCAGAAUUUCUAUCAAUUCAGAAGAAGUUUUAUUCUCUCUUUCAUUCGAAUCCAGUGAAAAGGGAUCUCUUGCAAUGUGAAGGGACUGAAACAAGGACUGGUACUGGGACCUCCAACUCCACUGGGGUAAUUGAUCUCAGCAGCUGGAUUCAGGAAACUGAGGUCACAAUUCCAGCCAUUAAUGGAUGGCUUCUUGGUUAUCCAGUGGUAUACUUGUUCUGCAAGGAACAUAUUGAGGACGCUGUAUGUAACCUCUCCACCAAGUCCCUAAAUCUAUAUCAAAUUUUUGUUAGCAGGAGUGGGAUACCUAGUAGAGGAGCUCAAUGUGAAGAAUUAAUGAGCUUCACAGUACCAUAUGACCUGAGCUUGGAAGGGCGCAAUGAACCAUGGGCAAAGUCAUUUUUGCUCCGUAUGCAGGCAAAAUUGGAAACAUGCAAGCAAGUUUGGGGAUCUUUGAAAAUGGAGGUCAGUGGUUGUUAUCCACAAGCAAUUGUUUUGUAAUAAUUUCCUACUAUGCCAUCCAAAACAAAUACAGAAGACAAAAUUCUUUAGCAAGUACAGGUAGUGUUAUCAGGUUUUGGAUUUUUUAACUCAAUAUGAUUAGAGUACUCAAUUAAGGUUCUUAAAUAAGUGUCAACUUUGCUGCAGUUUGGGUAAGAUCUGCAUUUGAACAAGUGUAAAUGUGCACUUAAUUGAUGUACGGUGAAUUCGGCAUUGCAUCUGUUCGUGUGUAGUCUGAUGCACAAUACUCCUAUAGAGCGUAUGCAUCCUUUCACAUGGAUAUUUCCCCCAAGUAGAAUGAAAUCUCUUUGAUGUCAA